CCCUGACCUGAUCCCCUCCCCCUUCCUCCUCCUCUUCCUCCUCCGAUUGGGUGGCUGCCAUUGCUCUCCAGAGUCUCCAAGCUCCAGCUCCCACUUCACCACCAUUCCGCUAGCCAGAGUCUCCCUCUUGAUCCCACCUCGGCUUCGAGUCUCGCAGUCCUCGUCCCGGUCUCUCUCUCUUCUACGUCCGUCCGAGAAGAAUUUCUUUGGGUUGAGGAGGGAGCUGCUGUUCUUGCUAGGCUGGGCUAGGCUAGAUCUGGGGGGAGAGGGUUGGUCGUUGUUCCGCGUGAAAUAUCUGGGGUUUUGCUGCGCUGGAGGUUCUUGCUGGCCAUGGUUUGUCCAGGCAUGCUGAGGCGCAAUCUCUGAGCUUUAUGAAGAUCGCUACUCACCUGCGCCGGUGCUGCUUCCUCCAGUCCUUCUCCGUCGUCUUCCUCUACUACUUUUAUGUGAUCUCAUAAUUGGCCCCUCUCUGAAAUCCGACCUUCCUACUAGUAAAAUCUUUUCUUCUUCUUCUUCUUCUUCUUCUUGCUUCAAUUUCCUGCUUCAACGAGUGAUAAAUAAGAACGGUAGCAGCAGUAGUAGCCAGGUGGUAGUGAUCUCGGUGCCAAGAUGUCGUCGUCGUCGCUGUCGCCGGGAGGAGGCGGGAGGCUGUCGGGCUCGGACGGCGACUCGGGCGCGACGUUCGCCGCCGGGGACAACCGGCGGGAGAAGAGGCGGCUGUCGAACCGGGAGUCGGCGCGGCGGUCGCGGCUGCGGAAGCAGCAGCACCUGGACGAGCUGGUGCAGGAGGUGGCGCGUCUCAAGGCCGAGAACGCGCGCGUGCUGGCCCGCGCCAACGACAUCACCGGCCAGUUCGUGCGCGUCGACCAGGAGAACACCGUGCUCCGGGCGCGCGCCGCCGAGCUCGGCGACAGGCUGCGCUCCGUCAACCAGGUGCUCCGCGUCGUCGAGGAGUUCAGCGGCGUCGCCAUGGACAUCCAGGAGGAGUGCCCGCCCGACGACCCCCUGCUCCGACCGUGGCAGAUCCCCUACCCUGCCACCGCCAUGCCCAUCGCCGCCACCGCCACGCACAUGCUCCAGUACUGAUCCAUCCAGUCAUGAUUGGGUCAAUAAUUCAAGAUCCCCCCUGUAGGAGCUGAGCUGUGGCUGGCAAGAGGAAGAAAACCAAGAAGAGCCGUACUGCUCUCUGCUCUGCUCUGCUCUACUCUGCUUGGCUGCUGCCUUGAGGAUUAUUACCAAAGGCGUAGUUGCUGCUAUAUGUUGUGUUUAUUAUUAUGUUUCAGUAAGUGUCUGUCGUCGUCCAUCUCCUAUGGCUAUUUUGUAACAGUAAUAAGGGUAAUUAUAUGCAUGGUUGUGUUCUAUGUA